AUGUCAAUCCGCAUCUUCGUGAACAACUACGACCCCAACACGACCGUCCUGCCCACCAACACAACCCUCACCGGCUAUAUCGAAGUCACAAUCCGCAAUGCCUCGCAUCGUGCCUCCCUCACACAGCUUCCCCUCGUGUUCUACGGCCGCUCCAAAGCCACCAUGACCUACAGCGAGUCGACGGGUACCGGCAACGAUCACCGCACACACAAACACUACUUCAGCAGCAAAGCUCUCCUUUUCUCCCACAGCUACACCCUCACCAACCCCACCUUCACCCCCGCCGCCUCCCGCCGCGGCGAAGACGGCGGCAUCCUCACCUUCCCCUUUUCGUGCCUUAUUCCCACGCACACGGAGCCAUGCCCGCCAGAAACCACCGAUCUGCACCGCGCACACGUCCUGAAUCCGCGGCCACCGAUCUUCCCCGGAAGCCUAGGCUACGACCCACCCGGCACAGGCCUUCCAUCCGCGCCACUCCCAGACACCUGCCUCGACUUCCACGAUCACAUCUCCAACGCCAGCUCAACCACCUGCUCCGCCUCGAUCCGCUACUCGCUCAAAACCGAAGCACCGGGAGUCUCAACCAAGUCCAAGCUUUGGAUGGGCGAUGCCGAAGAGCGCGCGGACGUCGCCAUUUACAAUCCCAUCUCCUUUCCCUCGGGUCCGCAGCCGCAGAUCAGCUUCUGUGAGGUGAGGUAUGAGGCAACGGCACGUUCGCUGCGUUUGCUUGCGAGCCACGGGAAGGAGGCCCAGAGAAGGCUGAGUUUUCGGGAGAGUAUGCGGAGUGUGUUCCAGAAGGGGAAGUUGCCUUUCGUGACGCUGGGGUUGAGGAUGAGCGUGCCGGACGUGUUGAUGUUGGACGGGCCCGAUGAUCAACCAAUUCCGAUACGAAUCGGGGUGGCGAGACUUGCGGCGGGAGUGGGUGGUGAAUACGCUGGGUCUGAUGAUGAGAAGGGUUCGCGAUCACGUUCGCGCUCGCCUACCCCGAAUCCCAGCGCCACGCAGGGAUGGGACAGCAGUAACGGCUACGACAACAAAGACCCUAUGCAACAGCAACAACCUCCCACGAUCCAAGGUCAAUCAUCGCAGUACUCAACACGCCCCAACGAGAAAGUCCAGUAUCCUCAAUACCUCUCACCAAAUCCCGGACUACAACCCCAGCGACACCAGGACGAUCAAAUUCCCAACCCAGCAAUCCGACUGACCCGCCUCACGCUUUCGCUGGUCUCCCUCAACUCACUCCGAGGCAACGCUUCUGACCCGACCAACGACCCCUUGGGCACGGAAUACCACUCCAACCCGCGCUAUCACCCCAACAUGACCUUCGUCUCAUUCAAGUCCGCGCCCGUAUUUGACUGGGAGCCCUCCAAAGAUCCUUCGCAACAAGUCUUCCUGCGUGUCUCGUCCGACCAGCAACAAGAUUAUAUCGACAUUGGACAGGUACUGGGCAUCACCACAUCCGACCUACGAGCCGCAGGCGGGAAUGUUAGGGCCAUCGGCGCGAACAGCGACGGGAGUCUGCAAGCGGGCUUCAGCACGCCGAACUGGUCGCGCGAAUGGAUGCUGGAAUGGGAGGUACGUGUGGAAGUAGCAGGCGACAAGGAGAUCAAGUGGAAAUGUCGGGCGGGAAAGGAAGGGCCAGGGGAGGGAGGUGUUGGUGUUGGGCUUGUAAGAAGGUAG